CCGCGCACACAUCCCUAGAAGGCAGCCGAAGGGACUGUGGCCGCGGCGCUCUCGCUCGCCGCCCUCCGCCCUUCCCUCCUCCGCUCGGCCCCCGCGUCGCCCCCGCGACAACGCCGGAGAAAGUUUGUGCGGCCGAGCGCGGGCCGGGAGCGCAGCCGGGACCGGCGGUCCCCCCGCCGAGAGGAGCGCCCGCAGAGCCAGCGGCGGCGCCGAGCCCCGCGCCCGCCCGCGCCCCACCCGCCAUGGGCGCCGCGGCCCGCAGCCUGCGGCUUUCGCUCGGCCUCCUGCUGCUGGCGACGCUGCUCCCGCCGGCCGACGCCUGCAGCUGCUCCCCGGUGCAUCCGCAACAGGCGUUUUGCAAUGCAGAUGUAGUGAUUAGGGCCAAAGCGGUCAGUGAGAAGGAGGUGGACUCCGGGAAUGACAUCUACGGUAACCCCAUCAAGCGGAUUCAGUAUGAGAUCAAGCAGAUAAAGAUGUUCAAAGGACCUGACAAGGACAUAGAGUUUAUCUACACGGCACCCUCCUCUGCCGUGUGCGGGGUCUCGCUGGACGUUGGAGGAAAGAAGGAGUAUCUCAUUGCAGGGAAAUCCGAGGGGAACGGCAAAAUGCACAUCACCCUCUGUGACUUCAUUGUGCCCUGGGACACCCUGAGCCCCACUCAGAAGAAGAGCCUGAACCACAGGUACCAGAUGGGCUGUGAGUGCAAGAUCACACGCUGCCCCAUGAUCCCGUGCUACAUCUCGUCUCCGGACGAGUGCCUCUGGAUGGACUGGGUCACGGAGAAGAACAUCAAUGGGCACCAGGCCAAGUCCUUCGCCUGCAUCAAGAGAAGCGAUGGCUCCUGUGCGUGGUACCGUGGAGCGGCACCCCCCAAGCAGGAGUUUCUCGACAUUGAGGACCCGUAAACAGGCCAACAAUACCACUGUGGCCGACUGCAAAGCCUCCGAGAGUUUAGACUGGUCCAGCUCUGACAUCCCUCCCCAGAAACAGCAUGAAUAAAACGGUCAUCUAAGUGGGUCUAAAUUAGCGUGAUUCUCCUCCCCACCCCCAUUCUCCUUUUAAACAUCGUUGUGGGUCUGAAGGGAGAGGUGGGUCCCACACUCCAUCUGCCCUCCUGGGCACUGUGCAUCUCGGUCUUCAAUCUUGAGUGCAGGCAGGGGUAGGACACACGGGCUUCCCUCCUAGGCCCAGCCCUGGCACCGCCACAAGUGUGGAGCGGGAAGCACUUUUAGGGGCCCUCUGGCCUGGUCAGGACAUAGCCUAGAAAUGUGCAUUUUGCAGAAACUUUUGAGGGUCAUUGCAAGACUGUGUAGCAGGCCUACCAGAUCCCUGGCUUGUCCCUCGUUUCCUGCAGUGUCCACAGCUCUGGCCUUAGGGUGGUAGUCCCUGCCCCUUGCAAGUGUCCGUCUCCCCUGUGCCCACUGUGACACCCAUUACCUGUGACUCCCCUUAAGUCUAGGAGCAGCCUGGCCCAGUGGCUCGUUCUGGAAGGAACCCCCAGUAAUCCUAUUAGAUACGCAGAAUCCUGGCGGGAGCCUCCGCAUGGGGCCUUGUAGAAACGGAGGGACAAGCUUCAGCAUCAGCCAAGUCAUUUCCGUUCCCCUGCCCCCUCCCCACCCCCUCCAACCUAGGGGAUUCCACAGCAUUCUGCCCUGGGGGCAGAUGUUUGCAGUGACACGUGACUCCCCCUGUAGUUUAUUCCUGAGCUUCUAAAGAUUCUCUGGCAUCCUCCUCCUCAUCCCAGCAUUGGGCAUCCAGAUGGAGUUGCACAGAACCGGCUUUGCAAGAGUUGAGUGUGGCCAGUGACGUGAGCUGGCUGUGUUCUAUUUGCACAUCCUGAGGAUAUCAGAAGCUAGGUCCUGCUGUGUCCCCCAACAUAGCCCAGAGCCACAGCUUUAUUAUGACCUCCCUCAAAGACUGACAGUCACUGUGCAAUGCAUGGAUUUCUGUGAGUGAGGUUAGCUCAGCACUAUGAAGUCCUACCUAGGAAGGGACGAAUUUUGGAGGUUAGGUGUCUUCAGUAAAAUUCAUUUCUUUCCAGGCCUCUAGGACACUGGCCAGCUUUAAGAGACAUCUCAUUUUUCUAAAGAUGAAUUCUCGAUAGUAUGUGAACCCAAGUUGCAGGUGUACCAACCUCCACUUAUAUCACAAAGCUCUCUCAGUUAAGGAACUUCACAGGAAACAAGGGAACCUAUUCCCUAAAAAUGGUUUUCUGGUGCCAGUAAAAUGGGGGUUAACAUAAGCAGAAAUUUCUCAGUAAUAAUAGACAAUCUCCUUUUUCUUCCUGAUUGUGUUGUAAAGAUAAACUCUUCUGAGUUUGUCGUGCACAUUAUGGGAACAUACACCGUGCAUGCACGUGCCCACACACCCACCGUGAAACUGAAGUCUGUCAGCCUGUGAGUGGUCCUUCUGCAAAAUGCUUCCAAAUCACCUUCUAAACCUACUCUAAUCUGCAGUGACCCUAAAGCACCUGUAAGACUCCUGACCCCUAGGUGGCAUGCAACCCCCAUGCCUGCCUGGGACCUGGUCAGCAUAGAUUUCAAUGACUUCCCUUUCUAGGGCAGAUUAGGAGACUCUCCAGGAAUCAGCCCCCUAUCCAAGGGCACUUUCAUCCUGUACAGUGAUAGAAAGUUUGUAAGAUGUCAUAAUGGACCAGUCCGUGUGAUUUCAGUGUAUACAAGUACAACAGGCCCCUCCAAUCAGUAUAACAUCCCACCCUUGUUGGCUUCCCUUAUGGUGUUCUGUAACAUUUACUGCUGUUUCUGCUGAGUUUUUAAAUGUUUUGGUUUGUUUCUGACAUCAGUUGUAAUCAUUCCUGUGCUGUCUUUGUAUUACCCUUGGUAGGUGUUAGACCUGCACUUUUUCCUUAAAGGUUUCUGCAUCGUGGAAGCAUUUGACCCAGCGUGGGAAGCAUGGCAUGGUAGCUGGCCUGUGAUGGUGGAUUCCUUCAGACCUUCUCUUUAGUUCCUUGAAUAUUGUUGCUUUUCUGUUUUCCAUCUUUUGUUCUCUGGUUCGAAUUAUUACGAAGUAAAGGAUCUUUGAGUAGGUUGGUUCUAAAAGAUGGCCUUUAUAGUCGAUCCAUGCACGUUGGUCUUCUAGCCACGAUGAGCAGAAAAAAACAAAACAAAACUCAAGACGUGCCCGGUGGCAGGCCAAAGACAGAGCCACUCAAAUACCUUCACAGUAAAUAAUUGCAAUAUAUAUGUAGUUUAAGAAAGCUCUCCAUUUGGCAUUGUUUAAUUUAUGUUAUAUUCUAAGCACUGUGCUUUUCCUCCCUCUAUUCUUGUUUUCAUGCAAGCAACUCAGAAUAUUUAAAUUGAAGUUUACAUUGUAGUUUUUUUCGAAUCUUUGCUUGAUAAGUAUUAAGAAAUAUCAGACUUGCUGCCAUAAUUUAAAGCUUUGUUGAUUUUGUUUGGAUAUUUUUGUUUCCUUAAGUUUUGGGCAAUGUGUUUUUGCUGGAGUAUAAAGUCUGUGAUCUUCCUGUGCUGGGAACACAUGAGAGUCAUUGAAAGUGGACAAGCAGACUGCGCAUGUCUCCGAUGCUUUGUAUCAUUCUCGAGUGAUCGCUCAGUCAAUGGACAAUAAACAAUAUUACCAGAA